AUGGGCACCGAGGGGAGGCGGGCGGCCUGGAAUCCGUGGCAGAAAGUCGGCCUGGGGCAGCUGCUCAGCCUCUGUCUGGUCGGGACGGGCGCGUCGAGCGCAUGGCUGGCUUCCCACGGCACGAGUCUGCCCACGUUUCAAGCCGCCCUCUCCUACGGCCUGCUCGUGCUCGUCUACGGGCACACUGUGGUCAGGAAGCGCUGCCUCGCGAAUGCAUGGUGGAAGUACGCGCUUCUCGCGCUCAUGGAUUUGGAGGCGAACACGCUCAUCGUCCUAGCAUACAGGUACACGUCAAUCACGAGCGUCACGCUGCUCGACUGCUGGGCGAUUCCGGCGGCCAUCUUCCUCUCCUGGGCGCUGCGGCGAGCCUCGUACGUGCCGAGGCACUUCCUCGGCGCGGCCGUCAGCGUCCUGGGUUUCUGCCUGCUCGCGCUCUCUGACGCAACGGAGGGCGACAGCCACACCUUCGGCAACGCACUCGUGCUCGCGGCAGCGACGACCUACGCGGCCGCGAACGUCCUGGAGGAGAUGCUGCUGACGGAUGGCAAGCCGGCGACGUCGGAGCUGCUCGGCAUGGUGGGCUUUUUCGGGCUGACGUUUGCUGCGGCACAAAGCUUCGUCGUCGACAGGGCGGCGCUCGACUCGCUCUCCUGGGCGUCGCUCCCGCCCCUCGCGUGCUUCGCGCUCUCGAUGCUCUCCUUCUACUCUCUCGCGCCUCUCAUGCUCGUCGAGGCCGGCGCCGCAGCCAUGAACCUGUCGCUGCUCUCGUCAGACGUCUGGGCGGCGCUCGUGAGGAUCACGCUGCCGGGCGGGUUCUCCCGGGGCGCCGCCGCAGCGUUCGCCACCGCGUUGGCGUUCGUCGGCGCAGGACAGGCCAUCUACGCCACCGCCGGGGACCCCAGACCUGCGCUGCCCGCGGGACGCGGCGCCCAGGGGCAGCGACACGACGCCGAAGAAGGGCCCGCCUCUUUCGCGCGAGAAGACGGUAACGAGUCUCAAGCUCUCGUCGCACAACCCUCUGGCACGUCCAGCAGCCCGGAACAUCCGUGA